CAGUAGAUACGCUGUGUUGAUCAGGCGCAGUAAUCGACCUUCACCUUCAAAUACUGAUCACAAGGUGAAGGGCACACGACACAGCGAGCCUGGGUGUUAUAAACAAACAGGUAGGGUGUGACAUUUGGCAAUGGUCCGGUCAAAACGAUCAAGGGCAGAAUUAAAGAAUCAUCAGGCAACAGGAACAUCAGGAACGCUUCCAAGAAAAAGAUCCGUGAAGAAAUCUUCCCUAAACCCAGCAUGUAGCAUAAAUAUAACUACAUUGUACUACUAAAGUUAGACACUCGGGACCUGCCCCAACAGCUGGCUCGAUACACACAGUGACACAGAGUCUGAACAUGGCGAAGGAAAUUCUGAGUCGGAAUGUUCAGGUCAUCAAUGAAGUAGAACAGGACACCGAGGAACUUCUACAAAACACACUAGAAACUGACCAACACACGACUAAAGCAGAUGACUCCAUAAGUGACAUAGAUUCUAAACUUGGUGAAGGCAAUUCUGAGUCACAGUCUCCAGAAGUCAUGGAUGAAACAGAACAGGACACAGAGGAACUUCUACAGAACACUCCAGACGUUGACCAACACGCGAGUAAAGCAGACUCCAGUGUUCCCCUAAAUCCGACAUCAUCAGCACGUUUCAGCCUGCAGUCUCAGGAAACGUUUAUUCUGAACCCAUCCACAUGUGAAGGCUGUGAGGAUGACCUUGACCCUUUGCCCACAAUCACUCCAAUGCCAAGCAUGUUUUGUGACAUGGAACCUACGCUAUCUCAAAACAAAUCAUUACAGGUACACCGCAAUCUUACGCUUCUCGUAGCUAAGAGACGACUGAUAUUCUUCCAGGAUGAGGAGCGGAUGCGUCAGCUUGAUGCUGACAUUGCCAAGCUGAAGGGCGAGAUCCAGAUAAUGAAGUCCACCUUCCAGCGACUGAGACAGAAGGUGCUGCACACUAGGAGGGCUCUUGUCGCGUCUGGGGAACAGCGUAGCGUCCACCCGAAGCCGAAAUUGAAAACGUGGAGAACCAUUUAGAUAACCGCGACUCAUAUUCUGCUAUACACAUGUAUAUGGCGUAUUUGAACACGUCUUCAUGAUAAUAAGCCAUGGACGUGUUGUUUCUUUAUGAACAGGGAUUUAGUGUUCCAUCUUGUCUCUACACCAGUGCAAUACAAGCAAACACUGAUGCUGAAGCAUAAAGUCAAGUAUGUUUACCUUAACAUGUAUCAUAAAAGUGAAAAUAAAUCCGAUUAAAAGAAAAA